UUUGUUAAUUAUAAUUAACUAGCAUUCAUUCAUUCAUUAAUUUUUCUUUCUUUGAACCUCUUCCUUUUUUCCAUUUCCUUUUCUUCUUCUUCUUCUUCUUCUUCUCAAACCAUUUCUCUCCUAAUGUUCUUUUGAUUUUUCCCCAUGGCUUCUUUCCACCUUCUUUUCCCGCUUUUCCCCCUCCAUUUAGGGUUUCGUUUCAAAAGUUUUGAAGAACCUCUCCUCAAAGCUUGGAUUUGAAUUCCAACACAAUCAUCUUCCCCAAAAGCAAAGUUCAACAAAAUCUCACAAUUUCUUCAUUUUUCAAUCCAAAAGAGAAAAAAGAAAAAGAAGAAAUGUCUAAUAAUAAAAUGAAAGGCCUUCUGAAAGGCCUCAGAUACAUUUCUCAAAUAUUUGAUAAUGAGAAAGAACCUGAAAUGCAGAUUGGGUUUCCAACAGAUGUGAAACAUGUUGCUCAUAUUGGAUGGGAUGGUCCUUCAGUCAAUUCUCCAAGCUGGAUGAAUGAAUUCAAACAUCCAAACAAUGGAGAUAUCCAACAAGAUUCCUCUGCUCAAUGGGCUUCUCAAGAUUCAACAAGAGACAUGGCAGUUACAAGUCGGGACUUGCCGGAGCUACCAAAAUCAUCGAGACGGCAGUCGUCGACCCUCGGGGGAACCGUGGCGGAGUCUCCGACGAUGAGAGAUAAAUCGGAGAAGGCAAAGUCAAAGAAGUCUUCAAAGGCCAAGGAAUCUUCUUCAUCGGAUAUCAUGGGACCCUCGCGCCGGAAUUCCGAUCUGAACCAAGGCUGUGAAUCGACGACGGAAAGCCUCCCCGGAGUUCCGAAGAAAGCGCGGCGGAAGAAAUCAAAGGAGGAAGGAUCAACGAGAUCGAGAUCCAAAGCCACGGCGGCGGAGAGUUGCUCGUCUCAGUUCUCCAAUAACGGAUCGGACGUGGGAUCCAUCUCCAGAUCCAACGACGAUGACUUGUUGACCGGAGACGGGGUUUUUACAUGAAAAUUAAUUAAUAAAAUAUUUGCUUUUGGGGGGGAGGGGGAAGAAAGAAAAAUGGGGAGAGGCGCAAUUAUUUAGUUUACUAAGGUAGUAGGCGUACUUUAGGGUAAUUCUAUAGUUUUACUUUUUACUCUUUUUUCUUUUUUCUUUUUUUUUUUUUUUUCUUUUUUGGGUUAAAAGGAAAGUUUAUCAUCAAACAUAUUAAAGUCUUUUUUUCAUUUCUAUUUUCUUUUAAUGGGG